GACAUGCAAGUGCUAACGCUAGGUUUGUUUCUGGGGACUGUAACCCUUUGCUUAGGUGCUCCUCCGCGUUACGAUGGUAUAGGAGGCCGGAUCAUAAACGGCAUAGAAGUGGAUAUUUCAGAAGUUCCGUAUCAAGCAGCAGUGUUGUUUCAAGAUCAUCAAAUCUGCGGUGGUGUUUUGAUAUCACCUACGGUAGUCCUCACCGCAUUGCACUGUUGGGUACCUCCGGAAACAAACCAAAACAUUUCCGAAUACAGCGUACGUGUCGGUUCAACUCAUUGGGAAAAAGGCGGUCAACAAAUUUUUGCCGAGUCUGUUGUAUACAACAUCCCUAAAGGUGAAACUUGGCUGGAAGAUGACAUCGCCAUAAUUAAGUUAAAAUCGCAAGUUAGCGUUGCCAACGCCAUUCCAAUUGCACUGGACGAAGCUAAUACUGUACACGAGGAUGGAGAACUUGUAACAUUAUCUGGAUGGGGAGCCACUCAAUUUCCAUUAAACGCAUCAGCGCCUGUAGAUUUUCCGUUAAAAGAAGUAAAUCUAACAGUUACAGCUUGCGAUGAAGGUUCAUCCAAUAAGUUCAUAUGUUUUGCUCAAAAUGGAUCUGGUCCCUGUUAUGGCGAUUCAGGUGGUCCAGCUGUGAUUAACGGUAAGUUAGUCGGGCUCGCGUCCACCACAGUAUGCGGUUCAGACAUUUAUUCGGCGUAUUAUACCAGAAUAGCAGCGUUUAGAGACUGGAUCCGUGAAGAGACUGGUAUUUAAGUUAUAUAAUUAUUGAAAAGUAUACGGUUGUGUUACUCAUCAUCAAUAAAAUGUU